AUGUGGUUUGAUGAAGGCCAAAAACAAGAAGAAAAGUCUAAGACUAUAUGGCAAGGGAAGUUGAACUGGCUUAACGAAUACGAGAACAAUUUCGGCUCUGAAGUAUUCGUCAAGAGCAAUAUAACAACCCCAUCUAACAGACUUCAAAAACCAAGAAAGAGAGUGGAGGGUAGUGCAAGAAUAUCUAAUAGCUCACCACAAAACGAACAUUAUAGAUCUGAAAUUACAGGCCUAUGGUGGCGGGAACGAAAACGCAAAAAACAACGACAAAACGUACAGGAAAGAGCCAAAUCAGACGAUAGCAAACAGCGACGAAACAUACAGGAAAAUGCUCGGAUAAAUCAAACAGACAACCAAGUUAACCCUAAGGUAAUUAAUCUUUCAACGAUAGAUUUAAGUAAUAAUGAAGUUAAUUUAUUAAGUAAGGGUCUUAAGUUUACGCCAACCCCCAAUGGAAAUAAAGCAGAACAUCAGACUGAUAUCAAAGAAUUUUGCCGAAAAUUAAGAUUAAGUGAAAUAUUUCACAAAGACGAGGAAGCACAGACAACAGAAGAUAUGCCUCUAGUCAGAAAUAAAACUGGAUGGAAUCCUCCUAAGAGCAAAGACAAGGUAUUAGAGGAAGUAAUUCAAUCGUUGAAAGAAUACCCCACAGAUAGCAAUGCUUCAAUUAAAGGUAAUUUAUCUAAAAACAGCAAAACUGCAUUAAAAACACUACUGGAUAACACAUCAUUAAUUAUCAAAGAAGCAGAUAAAGGCGGAGCCGUGGUAUGUAUGGAUAAGAAAUAUUAUAGAGACAAAAUUUUAGAAAUGUUGAGUGAUACUAGUUAUUACGAAAGCAUAGAUGAACAUGCAGAUUCCAGAACGCAACGGUUAAUACACGAUACUAUAAAUAAGUAUGGCAAAGGUCUAAUGAAAGAAGAAAAAGACUAUUUAUUAAAUUUUGAAUACACAACUAGUUAUUUCUACGGCUUACCAAAGAUCCAUAAAAGUAAGAUAAUAGCAGAUGAACUAAAGAAACAAAACUCCGAAUACAUAAAAGUCCCAAUCCCAGAUGACGUUCCUUUCAGACCAAUAGUCGGUGGACCUAAUAGUGUUACGCAGAGACUCAGUCAUUUUCUUGAUAUUAUACUAAAACCAUUUUGUGAAGAGGUCCCCAGUUUCAUCAGAGACGACUUAGAUUUUCUUAACUAUUUACCAGAACAGGUCGAAGAGAAUUCAACACUCGUAACCUUUGAUGUAAUAAGCUUAUACACAAAUAUCCCUCAUGACCUUGGAUUGGAAGCGGUUCGUUUUUGGAUAGAAAAAAUACCAGGAAAAAUAGAGACACGUUUUAAAAUAGCGUUCAUUCUUAAAUCUCUUCAAAUUAUACUACAGAAUAACGUUUUUUAUUUUGACGGUAGAUUCUACGUCCAGAAAAAGGGCACAGCAAUGGGUACGAGGGUCGCUCCAACUUACGCAACAUUAGUACUUGGAUACUUAGAGGAAACACUUUACAACAAUAUAAAACAUAGAUACAGUUCUGAAUUUGCCAGUUACUUACGCCUUAACUGGAAGCGAUUUCUGGAUGAUUGUUUUUUAAUUCUGAACAAGAAAAUUAACGCAUUAGAAUUUUUGCAAGAACUUAAUAAGUUACAUCCUAGUAUACAGUUCACAUGCAGCGAGAAUGAUGUUAUCAUGCCGUCCUUAGAUAUUCUUGUUAAAAAAUCUGGAAAUAGUAUAAAGACGGACAUGUACUGCAAUGCUGAUGCACGAGUGUAUUGA